AUCUGUUCGUCAGACUCUGAUGUGACACAUGAUGUGCAGAUCAUGGCUUCUGCUCCAGGUCUGUUACUGGACGCGCCCUCACUUCCGAGUGUGUUGGGGGGUUAGAGUAAAUAAUAAUAAUACCAUCAGGGGGCUUGUGUCUGUGCUGCCAAGAGAACGCUGUGAGGAGUUCAGAUGGCGCAGGUCUCGCAUGCUUUAAAGCAGUCAGUUUGACGUCUUAUUGAAUGUGAGAAGACAUGAAUAAACCCAAAAUGGCAGCAGAAAAAAGUGCUUCCCGGGUGCUGAUGUUGCUGAGUCAGCUGGAAAGACUGAACGAGGAGCCCAGAGUCUCUGAUAAGGAUACCAUCCGACAAAUCACAGGCAAAAUCCUUCACCUCAUCCAGACCCAAGAGAAAACCCGUAAGGAGAUGGUGUCUAAAGGCUCUGGUGGGAUGGAGGUCAUUCUAUCAUCUCUCGAGAAUACACGGGAUUUGCAGACCACUCUGAACAUCCUUGGGAUUUUGAACGAAGUGUUGAAUGUGGGUGGAGGCCGUAGGACCGGGGUGUUUGUGUCUAAAGGAGGAACAGCGAUUCUGCUGCAGCUGCUAGUGAGCUCCGGCAAAGACCCUCCUGCCAAUGAGGAACUAAUGCUUCUCAUUCAUUCUCUACUGAUCAAAGUCGGCCCGAAAGACAAGAAGUUUGGUGUUAAAGCGCGUCUGAACGGGGCUCUGAAUGUGACUGUGAAUCUAGUGAAACAUAAUCUGCAGAACUUCAAGCUGCUGUUGCCAUGCCUGCAGGUGCUUCGGGUCUACUCAAGCAACUCGGUAAAUGCAGUGUCACUGGGAAAGAGUGGCGCUUUGGAGAUCAUGUUCGAAAUUAUUGGACCCUUUAGCAAAAAGAGCACUACUCUGCUGAAGGUGACCUUGGACACAUUGGCAUCAUUACUGAAGUCCGGAAUGAAUGCCCGUCGGGCGGUGGACAGAGGAUAUCUUCCCACGCUACUUACAAUCUACCAGGAUUGGCACCGCAACGACACACGUCACCGCCACGUGGUCAUCCGCAAGAGCAUUCUGGGAUGCAUCAAAAACCUCACUAACAUUAAGCUUGGCAGGAAGGCCUUCAUAGACUCCAAUGGGAUGAGGAUCCUUUAUAACGCAUCCACUGAGUGCCUGCCCGUCCGGACGCUUGAUCCACUGGUCAAUACCUCCAGCCUAAUUAUGAGGAAGUGCUUUCCAAAGAACCGCCUACCACUGCCUACCAUUAAAAGUGUCUUUCUCCACCCGCUGCCACACGUACCAGCUGGUGGACCAGUGGCGCAGCUGUACAACCAGCCGCCAGGAGUGGAUGAUGUAGUUGAUGAGAGCGAUGAGAACGAAGCUACAGAGGUCGACACAGAAAAUGACACCGAAAAUGAGGAGGAUGAAACCGGUCACAAAUCACAGAAUGAUGACAUAGAGACCGAUAUCAACAAACUGCGGCCCAGACAGAUCAGCAUGCGUCCAUUUGAUGAGCUCAGAGUCUACGAGCAUUUCUGUCGGGAAUUCACCGAGAAUUUUGAGGACAAUGAUUUUGAAAGCCCAAGAUCUGUCAUUCCUCUAUUAAGCGUCAACCCAGAGCUUCAUCGUUCCAUCAUCAUUCCCACCACGCCUACAUCCUCAGGGCCUCAAAACAGACGUUCCCCGCAGGGGGACGCUCUGCCACCCAAGUCAGAUGGAUCACCUCUGGAGCUGGACAGCAUCUCUAUAUCAAAAAGCCCAGAUGGCAAAUCGGACUGCGAUCUGGUCUAUAGUUUGGGUCGCCUGGUUCUAGAUGGUGGCGUGAAUGGAGGCUCUGUGGAUGGGUCUCAGGAGGAGGGUGGGGAACAAGCCGAGCUCGAAGUGCCAGACACAGCGGCACUGCUGCCACUGCAUGACCCUGACCUCUACUUAGAGAUGGUGAAGAGCACACGCUCAGUGCCUGGCUACACAGAGGUGGCAUACCCAGAUUACUUUGGGCAUGUGGCACUCAACCUCCGUGAGCCCAUUCUGGAGAGGGUUUAUGGUGUGCAGAGAAUGAAGAUCUUCCAGGACAUUGAGAGGCUCAUUCACCCCAGUGACAUCCUCGAUAAAGUCGUAUAUGACUUAGACAAUCAGAGUUGUCCAAUUAUUGACAAUGGGGAGUCUCUCAAGUUCAACUCUAAAUUUGAGUCUGGAAACCUACGGAAAGCAAUACAAGUCAGAAAGUUUGAGUAUGACUUGAUCUUGAACUCCGAUAUCAAUAGCAAUCACUAUCACCAGUGGUUCUAUUUCGAGGUGGGCAAUAUGCGUCCUGGAGUUCGUUAUCGAUUCAAUAUAAUCAACUGUGAGAAGUCAAACAGCCAAUUUAAUUAUGGUAUGCAGGUGCUCAUGUACUCUGUACAGGAUGCCAUCAACGGCAGGCCCCAAUGGGUUAGAACAGGAUCUGACAUCUGCUACUACAAGAAUAAUUUCUCACGAAGCUCCAUUGCAGCCGGAGGGCAAAAGGGAAAAUCGUACUUCACCAUGACCUUCACUGUGACCUUUCAGCAUAAAGAUGAUGUUUGCUACUUUGCCUAUCAUUACCCAUACACCUACUCUAUGCUGAAGAUGCAUCUGCAGAAGUUGAGCGCUUUGCGUACUGCUCAGAUUUACUACAGACAGGAUGAUCUGUGUGAAACGCUGGGAGGAAACAGCUGUCCCCUGCUCACCAUCACAGCCAUGCCGGAAUCCCUCAGCAAUGACCAUAUCAGCCAGUUCAGAAGCCGUCCAGUGGUGUUUCUGUCAGCGCGGGUGCAUCCUGGAGAGACUAACUCUAGCUGGGUGAUGAAGGGCACUCUGGAGUAUCUCAUGAGCUGCAGUCCUCAAGCCCAAAGUCUACGAGAGAGCUACAUCUUCAAAAUCAUCCCCAUGCUCAACCCUGAUGGGGUCAUCAAUGGAAAUCAUCGCUGUUCUCUGAGCGGGGAGGAUCUGAACAGACAGUGGCAGAGCCCCAACGCUGAGCUGCACCCCACCAUCUAUCAUGCCAAGAGUCUCCUGCAGUACCUCAGAGCUACAGGAAGAACUCCACUGGUGUUCUGCGAUUAUCACGGCCAUUCACGGAAGAAGAAUGUUUUCAUGUACGGCUGUAGUAUUAAGGAGACGGUGUGGCAGACCAAUGUCAACACCAGCACCUGUGACCUACAGGAGGACCUUGGAUACAGGACUCUGCCUAAGCUGCUGUCUCAGAUGGCUCCAGCGUUCAGCCUGUCCAGCUGCAGUUUUGUAGUUGAACGCUCCAAAGAGGCCACGGCGCGUGUGGUGGUCUGGAGAGAGAUCGGAGUGCAGCGCAGUUACACCAUGGAGAGCACCCUGUGUGGCUGUGACCAGGGCAAAUACAAGGGUCUACAGAUCGGUACAAAUGAAUUGGAGGAAAUGGGCGCUCAGUUUUGUUUGGCUCUGCUCAGGCUAAGACGCUUCACGUCCCCCUUAGAGCUCCACAACCACAACUCCCAUCUAGUGGACAUGGACAACGACCUGAUAGACACACGCAGCAUCCCCAACGUCACCAGUCACACCACAUAUGUGUUGGAUGAGGAUGAGCCAGCGUUCCUGGAGGAAGUGGACUACAGUGCGGAAAGCAAUGACGAUAAUGACCCCGAUCUUGACCCCGAUCUCCAGGAUAACCAUGCCCUCCUGGACCCCAGUUCUGACUCAGAGUUCAGCCACCAAGACUCUCUUAACUGAAAUCAUACCAGGCUCACUUUAGUGUAAGGCUUUAGCUCAACUCACCGGUCGUUUGCCUGUGUUAUAUGUCACCCGUGUUCGCCUAAACGCCUACUUCAUAGAACUUGUUCACGAAACUUGCCUAAAUUAGUAUAACCAAACCAGAAGAUCUGCUUUCUGAUAGCAAACAUAUAAUAAUGCAGAAGGUCCUUUUGAGAUCAUGACGCAUAUAGAUGCUUUUCAAGCUAUAGCACUCUAAGUAAUGUUACAUUAAUGUCAUUAUUAAAUCAUCCUCAUGUCGUUCCAAACAUGUUCGACUUUUAUUCUUCUGUGGAACACAAAAGGAGAUGUUAUGAAGAAUGUUCACACUGCUCCUUCCAUACCAUGAAAGCAUACUGUAACCAGGUGCCGUCAAGGUUCAAAAAAGCACUAUAAAAGCAUUUUCGUGCUUUAGUCCAGAUCUUCUGAAAUUUAAUUUGUUUUAAGUUACGUUUUAUGUUCCACAAAAAAAAAAAAAAGUAAUACAGAUUUGGAAUAUGAGGUUGAGUAAAUGACAGAAAGAGUGCUGUCAAAUCGAUUAAUCGCAUCUAAAAUAAAACUUUGGGUUUUACAAACUUUUAUUUUAGAUUUGACAGCACUAGACAGAACCCACAAAUAAAACAGUCUAAAAUGUGUAAAUGUAAUCAAAUUAUACUCAAAAUUAUACUAAAAUACACAAACUACAUUUAAAUGUUAUGUGCUUAACAGAAAAUAUAAAAGGUCAUUACCAUUUCAUAAAUACCUGUGUUUUCUAAAACACUAGAUUUGCAUCUCUUUAAGAACAGAUUGUACGGCUAUAAUCCUGAUUGUGAACGACGUAUGGUCAUCUAACAAACCACAAUGUCACCUAACUUCACCACGAGGACAGAAGCAACACCUCACAGUACAAUAAUGCAAUCUAAUGAAUGUAACAUCACACUUAUUCUCUUGAACACUCACCUGUGUGCUUCCUGAUAGGAUCACCAUGAGGUCGCAGUGCUAGAUCUGUAAUGUAUUUGUGCGGGUGUGUGUUCACGGCACAUUUUGUGGCUGCAGUUUCUUUUUAAGUGAGAGAGCUUCUGUAUUUUAAUUUAGAUGUUAAUAUUUCUUUGUUGCAUUUGUAUAAUUAGUGCAUGAUUUUUGGAAGUUGCCUUUUUAAUUUAUUUUAUUAGUUUUAUUUGUUUAUUGGGAGAAAAGAAAGGUAAAAUAUGAUUUUGACAGUGUGUUAGUGUGCUUGUUUGUAUUUGUUUGUUUGAUGUCAGCAGUUGGCCAAAGUAUGUAUGUAUGGGGUAGAGAAAAUAGUUUGGUUGUGUUUGAAUGUUUGUCAGUCUUUGAAAUUAUGGGUAAUAAACAACUAAGUUAAGCUGA